AAUGCAAGAUUAAGGUGCACUGCAUGAGCUGGCUGUGGAAAAUCUUGAGCUUUUCCUCCCUAUAAAUGGCACCUUAUUAGUGUUCUUUCUCUGCAAAAAACCUCCCUUCACCAUGUCUAAACCAUAUUUUGCUCCUCAAACCCCUUCAAUGGCCUCCAUUUUGCUUCUCUUUGGGCUGCUGAUGGCCUGCAUAAGCACAACAGGUGCCCAAAUAGGAAUUUGUUAUGGAAUGCUUGGAAGCAACUUACCAUCAAAAAAAGAAGUGAUAGAUCUCUACAACCAAAUAGGCGUCGAGAGAAUGAGACUCUAUGAUCCAAACCAAGAAGCUCUUCAAGCCCUUGGAGGCUCCAGCAUUGAACUCAUCCUUGGUCUACCAAAUGAUGACCUUCAAAGCAUGGCCUCCAGUCAAGCCAAUGCAGACAAUUGGGUCCAAAACAAUGUCAAGAACUAUGGCAACGUCAUGUUUAAAUACAUUGCUGUAGGAAAUGAAGUGAAACCUUCCGAUCAAUUCGCGCAAUUUCUAGUCCCUGCAAUGCAGAACAUCUUAACUGCACUAUCUGGGGCCGGACUUGGACACAUUAAGGUCUCCACUGCUAUUGACACUGGUACACUGGACGAUUCUUCUUUUCCACCAUCUAAUGGCUCCUUCAGGGGAGAAUACAGAGCAAUUAUUGAUCCGGUUAUUAACUUCUUAGUGAAAAACCAAUCUCCAUUGCUCCUUAACUUGUAUCCUUACUUCAGUUACAGAGAUAACACUAGGGACAUUCGUCUCGAUUACGCGCUUUUCACAGCUCAAUCAGCAGUUGUUUCAGACCCACCAAGGGAAUACCAGAACCUGUUUGAUGCCACCUUGGAUACCGUUUACGCCGCCUUGGAGAAAGCUAAUGGUGGUUCUUUGGAGAUUGUUGUGUCUGAGACUGGGUGGCCUACAGAAGGAGGAACAGAAACAUCAGUAGAAAAUGCAAGGAUUUACAAUAACAACUUGGUUCAACAUGUCAAAGGAGGGUCUCCAUUGAAGCCUGAGAAGCCUAUUGAGACUUACAUUUUUGCCUUGUUUGACGAGGAUAACAAGAGUCCUGAACUGGAGAAGCAUUGGGGACUCUUUUCUCCUGAUAAACGGCCCAAGUACCCCAUGAAUUUCAACUAAUUAAGUAAGAGAGCAUUAAUGAUUAAACAAUGUAUUAGCAAGUGAAUAAGGGCAUUGUAUCUAUAGUACUAUCAAUAAUGGACGGUGACACAACUCACCUUUUUUUUUGGUUA